AUGGAGCACCAAACACCCUCUGUUUCCCCUGGAAAUUUCCGGAAACGCAAAGGUCUGAGCGCAGUCUCCCAGGACUGUUACUCAGUCCACCCAAGAAGGGCGCCCAAGAAGGGCAUCGCUCUCGCGCUACCGCUCACCAUCCGAUGUCUCACCUGGAACGUCGGCAACGCCAAGCCGGUCGCCGCAGAGCUCGCGCAUGCGCUGCCGGAUGGGCUCGAUGAGGACAUCAUCGUCGUCGGCACGCAGGAGAACUCCUACAAGGCGGGCAAGGGGGGGCGGAAGCGGGCGGUGGCGCAGGAGAAGCGGGCGGUGGCGCAGGAGUCGCCGGAGCCGACCGAGAAGGCGGGGUCCGCCUACUCCGCCUACGAGCCCGCCCCAACGCCCGGCUCGCCACACUCGUCGGUCGGCGACACCGAGGAAAGAGAAGAGGAGAGCGCUGCCGCCGUCGGCGGCGGCGGCAAGGGGCACGCAGAAUGGGAGGAGAUGCUGGCGCGGCGGCUUGGGCGGGGGUACGUGCCGGUGCGGCACGUGCGGCUGUGGGAGAUGCGCCUCUCCGUGUACGUCAAAGCCUCGCAGCGCGCCAACGUCACCAAAGUGCACGUGGCGAGCGCAGCGACGGGCGGGCCGGGAGGGAUGCUGGGCAACAAGGGCGGGCUCGUCGUGCGGCUGCGGCUCGGCGCCACCUCGCUCGCCUUCGUCUCUUGCCACCUCGCGGCCCACUCGCACAUGCUCUCACGGCGCAACCACAACUGCUCCGAGCUGCUCCGCGAGACGGCCUCGGCGCUGGGCCCGCGGCACCUGACGGCGGCGGCGCAGUUCGACCACGUCCUGCGGCUGGUGGAGCAGGGGGACUGGGGCGCGCUCCUCGGCGCGGACCAGCUGGCAGCCAGCCGCGCCGCCGGCGAGGCCUUCGUCGGCUUCGAGGAGGGGCCCAUCGCCUUCGCGCCAACCUUCAAGGUGGAGCGGUCGAGCGAGCUCGUCUACCAGCAGAAGCGCAUCCCCUCCUAUUGCGACCGCGUGCUCUGGAAGUCGGCCGCCGGACUGCGCGGCGCCGUGUCGCAGACGUCCCUCGCCGCGCUGCCGCGCGUCUCGACGUCCGACCACAAGCCCGUCGUCGCCACCUUCAGCCUGACCCCGAGCGAGGCGCUGCGCGGGACCAUGCAGGAGGUGCGCAGCGGCGGCAGCAGAGGCAGCAGAGGGUCGUCGCGCAAGUCGAGCCUCUUCGGCAACGUGAGCAGCUCCUUUGCGGCUGGGUCGGCGUCGUUCACCGGCUCGCGCGCGUACGCCUCUCUCGACGUCGUCCGCCCGACGCUACUCUAUUGCGCGGCGCACGAGCACGUCCUCAAGAAGGGCGAGGCCGCCGCCAGCACCGUCAAGCACGGGCAGGACUGCACGUGGCCAGACGACGAGGUGCCGCUGCUGCGGCUGCGCGGCGUGCGGACUGCGGCGCUGCCGCACACGACGCUGCUGCUCGCGGUGCUCGACAAGGACAACGUCAUCUUGGGCAAGGACGACCCGGUGGGGGUGGUGCAGGUGCCGCUGCGGCCCGUCGGCUGGAGCCAGGACAGCGAUCUGCCUCCCAGCUUCGAGGUCGAGUUCGACGAGCCGCUCGUGCAAGGCAUGGCGUCGACCGACCUCAAGUCGGGCCGCCCCCUCGGCCGGCUGCGCGGCACCCUCUCCAUCGCGACGACGGCGGAGGCCAUCGAGGAGGCUCUCGCGGAGGCGAGGGCGGACGGCGCCGGCGAGAAGGCGCGCACCGUCAAGCUGGGCGCCUCGGCCUUUGAGCGGCGCUGGCGGUGCUGCUGA